UAUGUAGUGAAAACUAAUUUACAUUAAUGGGCUUCAAACAGAAACUGAUGUACCAAGAAGAAAGUGGUCUUUUUGAUUUUAGGCGAACAGAAGUUUCACCACUGUUGUUGGUGCUUGACAGGAGAGAUGAUCCUGUAACCCCAUUGCUCAAUCAAUGGACCUAUCAGGCUAUGGUUCAUGAAUUGAUAGGAAUCCAAGACAACAAGGUGGACUUGAAAUCCAUUGAUAAAUUUUCAAAGGAUCAGGAGGAGGUUGUGUUGUCGUCGGAACAAGAUUCAUUUUUCAAAGCCAACAUGUAUGAGAAUUUUGGAGAUAUAGGUAUGAAUAUCAAGCGGCUGGUUGAUGAAUUUCAGCAAGUGUCAAAGAGCAACCAGAACAUCCAAACGAUAGAGGACAUGGCCAAAUUUGUUGACAAUUAUCCUGAGUACAGAAAAAUGCAUGGGAAUGUGUCAAAGCAUGUGACUUUGGUAACAGAAAUGAGCAAGAUCGUCCAACAGCGAAAACUUAUGACAAUUUCACAAACAGAACAGGAACUGGCUUGCAAUGGAGGACAAGGGGCUGCAUUUGAGGCAGUGACAAAUCUACUAAAUGAUGAUAGCAUAUCAGAUGUGGACCGGCUGCGUUUAGUCAUGCUAUAUGCUUUGCGAUAUGAGAAGGAUAGCCCUGUUCAGUUAAUGCAGCUUUUCAACAAACUGGCUUCCCGAUCUGCCAAGUAUAAAUCUGGGCUCGUCCAGUUUCUUUUAAAGCAAGCAGGUGUUGACAAGAGAACUGGUGAUCUUUUUGGAAAUCGAGAUCUAAUGAAUAUUGCCCGUAAUAUGGCCCGUGGGUUGAAGGGUGUUGAGAAUGUGUAUACCCAGCACCAACCCCUUCUUUUCCAAACCAUGGAAAGCAUCGUCAAAGGACGGCUGAGAGAUGUGGACUACCCAUUUGUUGGAAAUCACUUUCAACAAGGAAGGCCACAAGAAGUAAUCAUCUUCAUUGUUGGUGGGACAACUUAUGAGGAGUCAAGAUGUGUUGUUCUACAAAAUGCCAGCAAUCCUGGAAUUCGGUUUAUACUUGGUGGCUCUUCUGUACUCAAUUCUAAGAGGUUUAUUAGGGACCUGGAAGAAGCUCAAAGGGUAGCUCGUUCGAACACCAGCAUUGUUUGAAAUCCAUCCUGGCACAAUUUGCAUUUUAAUAUGUUUUUGUUUUGUUGUUUCAAUUAUUUGAAACUAUAAAAUUAGGAUUAAUUGAAUUCUAAAAUUUGAUUAAUUUAAAAGGAUAUUUUUGUCUAAUCAAAUAAAGGAAAGAAAAGAUGU